AGACUCCUACUCGUUACUAUACCUUCGCUUCCGUACAAAUUUAGUUAUCACAUUACUCAUUUCAAAUUAUUAAUUACUCAUUUUUGUCGGAGUAUUACUUCGUAUCAUUUACAUGCUCACAUAGAAUGAAUAAUAAAUUCAAUUGAUUGUUGUGUGUUAUGUUAUAUUAGUGGGAUUUGUCUUCACAUUUUGCUCGUGAAUGGCGUCUAAGAUUCAUACUUUCCUCCACUCCCUUCUUUCGCCUUCUAAUUGAAAAUUUCUCUCUCAUACUCUUCGGAAUUACUAUUUCAUUACUCAUCUCUGAUUCAGAGUGGUGGGCACAAAAAUUAAAAGUGUUAAACAAACAUGAGGAUGGGGGUGAAGAAGAGUUUGGCUUGCUGUACGAGAGACAGUAGAGAAAUUAGCAUUGAUUUUGAUGAGAAUGAACAUAACAACAGAAUCAUGACAUAUGAUGGUCUCGAGAGUUGCAUUUUGAACAGUCGACUGUACACAAGUGAGAAUUCAAUCUGUGGGGAGAAUGAUUGUCCAGCAGACUCUUUUAAUGGAGGAGAAACCAGCUGCUCAUCAAGCAAAGAUGCUUUCGGAUCUUUCUUUUCUGAUAGGACUAUGAAGAGGAACCAUGAAGAAACUGAUGAGUGGAGUGUCCCAGAAAGCCCAGAACAUAUUUAUGUCAAAGACAGAGCGGCUUAUACUACUCAGUUCUCUGAUGUGGAGGCUAUGAAAGAGAAAUUUGCGAAACUUUUGUUAGGCGAGGAUGUGACUGGAGGACGCAAAGGCAUAUGCAGUGCACUAGCAAUAUCAAAUGCAAUAACAAAUCUUGCAGCAUCUGUUUUUGGGGAGUUGUGGAAGUUGGAACCUUUAUCCGAAGAAAGUAGCGCUAAGUGGCAAAAAGAAAUGGAUUGGUUACUUUCGCCUGCCAAUCAUAUGGUUGAAUUGGUUCCUGCUAAACAAAGUGAUACUAAUGGUCAGAACUUUGAGAUAAUGACGCCCAAAGCUCGUGCAGAUGUGCAUAUCAACCUUCCAGCACUUCAGAAGAUUGACUCUAUGCUAAUUGAAUUUCUGAACUCGAUGGAAGAGACAGAAUUUUGGUAUGCAGAAGGCAAUAGCCGAAAAGAUGGAAGAGGGGGGAGUGAAAGGCAGAGCAGAAGGUGGUGGCUUCCGUCUCCACGAGUCCCAGCUGGUGGUCUCUCAGAAAAUGCCCGAAAGAAGUUGCUUUCUCAGGGUAAUAUGGUCCAUCAAGUUUUCAAGGCUGCCAAAUCCAUCAACGAAAAUAUCUUGCUUGAAAUGCCAGUGCCUAAAGGCAUUCAAGAUGCACUGCCCAAGUCUGGAAGGGCUUGUCUGGGAGAGGAAUUGUAUAAAGUUAUAGCCUCAGGAUCAAGCUCAGCAUCGGAAAUCAUUGAUUUUCUGAAACUGAGAUCUGAACAUGAGGCUCUUGACAUUAUCAAUAAGCUGGAGGCUGCAGCACUAGCAUGGAGAGAAAAAAUCAAAGAGCAAGUCAGUGGUAUCAAGACUCCUGUCAGAAAGUCCUGGCGCUUUAUGAAGGAGCCCAUACCUGAGGUGGAAAAGUCAGAGUCACUAUUGCUCUCUGUAGAUGCAAUUCUGUGUCAAUUGAAGAUGAGAUAUCCAUGUCUUCCUCACGCAUUCCUCGAUGUCACGAAAAUACAGUAUGGCAAGGAUAUUGGACAUUCCAUCCUUGAAGCAUAUUCCAGAGUUCUUGGAAACCUGGCUUACAGCAUACUGACAAGGAUUGGAGAUAUCCUACAAGAAGAUCACUCGAGCAAUCCCAAUUCCCCAGUGCCAACGCCCUAUAUUUCAUCGGUGUCAUUCAUAAACGGAAUACUGGAUAGCCCUAUUGGCAACCCACAUAUAAGGCACUCCCUAGUUGAACGAAUGAACAAGGUGGAUGGGUAUUUUAGUGACUCAAACCCUAGCAGAUGUUCUGAUUCAGAGAUUUCAUCUAGUACCGAUGCAAAAUCUAGCUCAGUCACUGCAACACCUAGUUCCAGCCGCAUCUGGUGCAUUGGCAAAGAUGGCUGCAGCAAUGCUUCGCCAGAUAGUUCAUUCACAUAAGUUAUCUACUUUUUGCUAGCUACCCUGUACAUAAGUAUGACUUUCUAAUCAAGAACAAUUCAUUCCUUAUAUUUCUUUCAUUAGAAAAUGGACAUAUUCAUGAUUGGCAUCUCAUAUUUAUAAUGUGGAGUAUAUAUAUAUAGAGUACUAUUUGGACA